CAGUCCCGCCCACACACUGUGGAAGCGCUUCCGGGUUCAGGUGAUUCCUCCCGGUACGCCCAGCCCUGCUGCCGGUGCUUAGCUGGAAGCCCGUCUUUCCCGGAAGUGGCCCGGGCCAGUCCUUCGGGGUCCCCAGUGCCCGCUGCUGCUGAGGCCCCGGGGGCGGCGGCGAUGGCGGAGGCGGCGCUGCUGCUGCUGCCCGAGGCGGCGGCGGAGUCGGACGCCCGGGAGAGGCUGGCUCUCUGGGAUCGGAGACCCGACACCACGGCGCCGCUGACCGACCGGCAGACGGACUCGGUGCUGGAGCUGAAGGCGGCGGCGGAGAACCUGCCCGUGCCGGCCGAGCUCCCAAUUGAAGACCUAUGCAACUUAACGUCCCAGUCGCUGCCCAUCGCACAGACUUCAAUAGUUCCUGAGUCCACAGAAGACAUUCUCCUGAAUGGUUUUAUUUCAUUAGAAAUGGAAAAAGAAAAAAUAGAAACGGCACAGCAGUUUUUCUCAUGGUUUGCAAAGCUACAAACUCAGAUGGAUCAGGAUGAAGAAACUAAAUAUAGACAGAUGAGGGAUUACUUGUCUGGGUUUCAGGAGCAGUGUGAUGCUAUAUUGAAUGAUGUAAACAAUGCUCUUCAGCAUCUGGAAUCAUUGCAGAAACAGUAUCUUUUUGUGUCCAACAAGACAGGAACACUACACGAAGCCUGUGAACAGCUCCUAAAAGAACAGUCGGAACUUGUUGAUCUGGCUGAAAACAUUCAACAAAAGCUUUCCUAUUUCAAUGAAUUGGAAACUAUUAACACAAAAUUGAAUUCUCCUACAUUGUCUGUGAAUAGUGAAGGAUUUAUACCUAUGCUGGCCAAGUUAGAUGACUGUAUAACAUAUAUCUCAUGUCAUCCGAAUUUUAAAGAUUAUCCUGUUUAUUUACUGAAGUUUAAGCAAUGUCUUUCUAAAGCUUUGCACCUCAUGAAGACAUACACUGUGAACACUCUACAGAACCUCACAAAUCAGUUAUUAAAAAGGGAUCCUUCAUCUGUACCUAAUGCAGACAAUGCUUUCACACUAUUUUAUGUGAAAUUUCGAACGGCUGCUCCCAAAGUCAGAACUCUUAUUGAACAAAUUGAACAGCGAUCUGAAAAAAUACCUGAAUACCAACAAGUGCUAAAUGACAUCCAUCAAUGUUACCUUGAUCAGCGGGAGCUCCUUUUGGGGCCUAGUAUUACUUGUACUGUAACAGAGCUAACCAGCCAGAACAAUAGAGAUCAUUGUGCCUUGAUUCGCAGUGGCUGUGCCUUUAUGGUCCAUGUGUGCCAGGAUGAGCACCAACUUUACAAUGAAUUUUUCACAAAACCAACAUCAAAAUUAGAUGAACUUUUGGAGAAAUUGUGUGUGUCAUUGUAUGAUGUCUUCAGGCCAUUGAUCAUUCAUGUUAUUCACUUAGAGACACUUUCAGAACUUUGUGGGAUUCUUAAAAAUGAGGUGCUGGAAGAUCAUGUACAGAACAAUGCUGAACAACUCGGAGCCUUUGCAGCGGGAGUAAAGCAGAUGCUGGAAGAUGUACAAGAGCGGCUCGUCUACAGAACCCACAUCUACAUCCAGACAGACAUCACUGGCUACAAGCCGGCGCCUGGGGAUCUGGCAUAUCCUGAUAAGUUAGUGAUGAUGGAGCAAAUUGCACAGAGUUUAAAAGAUGAACAGAAGAAGGUACUUUCAGAAGCUUCAUUUUCAGAUGUUCGGUUAGAAGAAACAGAGUCUAAUAAUCUGACAAAAUCUGGUUCAACAGAAUCUCUCAAUCCUAGACCACAGACCACAAUUUCUCCAGCAGAUCUUCAUGGAAUGUGGUAUCCUACAGUUCGACGCACUCUUGUCUGUCUCUCUAAAUUGUACAGAUGCAUAGAUAGGGCAGUGUUCCAAGGAUUAUCACAGGAAGCCUUGUCUGCCUGCAUUCAGUCGCUACUUGGAGCAUCAGAAUCUAUCAGCAAAAACAAGACUCAGAUUGAUGGACAACUUUUUUUAAUAAAGCAUCUUUUGAUUCUUCGUGAACAAAUUGCUCCAUUUCACACUGAAUUCACCAUUAAGGAAAUUUCCCUGGACCUCAAGAAAACUAGAGAUGCAGCAUUUAAAAUCCUGAACCCUAUGACUGUUCCAAGAUUUUUUAGGCUGAAUAGCAACAAUGCCUUGAUAGAGUUCUUGUUGGAGGGCACUCCUGAGAUAAGAGAACAUUAUCUUGACUCUAAAAAAGAUGUAGAUCGUCAUCUGAAAUCGGCCUGUGAACAGUUCAUUCAACAGCAGACCAAGCAGUUUGUAGAGCAGCUGGAGGAGUUCAUGACAAAGGUUUCAGCAUUAAAAACAAUGGCCAGUCAGGGAGGACCCAAGUACACUCUCUCACAGCAACCGUGGGCACAACCAGCAAAGGUCAGUGACCUUGUGGCAAGUGUCUACAAGACCAUAAAAGCAAAGCUGCCUCAGACCUUGAGAAGUAUGUCAUUGUACCUAUCCAAUAAAGAUACCGAGUUCAUCUUGUUUAAACCUGUUAGGAAUAAUGUUCAGCAAGCCUUCCAGAAGCUCCAUGUUUUGUUAAAGGAAGAGUUCAGUCCUGAAGAUAUCCACAUCAUUGCUUGUCCUACUAUGGAACAGCUGAACCUCUUACUAUCAGUUUCUAAAUAACCAGACCGGUCCGGCGGUGCUUGUAGACGGUCUGUCCAGGAGCGGCUGAGAGCCAGGCUGCAGGACACUUGAGGAACUGUACGUGGGCCUGUCCCCAAGAACCACUCCAGCGUGCUACUUACCGCUGACUGCAGGAUGAAAUACAAGCAGAGGGUU